GCACGCACCCAUCAACAACCACCAUAGAACUUGCAACACGGUCGACUUCUCUCUUGGUUUUGCAGAAACAGAAGAGGAGACGACGGCGACUAUGCAGUCGACGGCACCCAGCUCUCGCCCAGGGUCUCAGAGAUCCGGUCGAUCGUCUCGAUCGCGGCGCUCGCAGCCUUCCAGCCGAACUACAGAGGAGACGCCCUUGAUAGCUCGCGAGGAGAGGCGUGAACAUGAGGAGACAGACGAUGUGGACUCGCAGGCCGAGUCACUGAAAGGAAGGGGGUGGUCGUUGCGGAAAAGAUGGCCUAGCAUUCUUGCGCUGCUCCUGCUCUGUUGCUCGGUCGUCUUCGUAAUGCUCGGCUUCCUGGCUACGGAGGGUAUCGAGGAAUAUGCGGUGCAGGCUGCAGACUUCAAACCGACAAAGCUCUCGUUAUCCUCGUUGACGAAGACUGGUGUCAAGGCGCACGUGGAAGGCGAUUUCAGAAUGGAUGCUUCUAAAGUCAAAAAGAGCAGUGUGCGCAAUCUUGGACGUUUUGGGACGUGGGUUGCGAGGGAGGUCGAAAGUGCACCGGCCGAUGCUGAGGUUUAUCUUCCCGAAUAUGGGGAUGCGCUGAUUGGCACUGCGAGAAUACCGGGUGUCAAAGUGAAUAUCCGGAACGGACACACUACACACAUAUCCUUGGAUGUGGAUUUGGAGCCCGGCUCCUUGAAUGACAUCCGGAAUAUCGCGCAUGACUGGCUUGAUGGCCGUCUGGCUGAGGUUCAUGUCAAAGGAAAGGCCUACGUCCCGCUCAAGUCCGGUCUAUUCCGGCUCGGGACUCAAACUCUGGAACAGGCGAUGGUCUUCAAAGGAGCUGAUAUUCCCACCCUACCUGCGUAUAACAUCACAAGGGUUAACCUUAGAGAGGCAAGGGGAGGCAAUAAAGGCAUGGGAGCUGACGUAUCGGUGUCCGUGAAGAACGAUUUUCCGGUCGAAAUCACAGUCCCUGCAGUCGCUGUGGAUAUGCUUGUCGGAGGUUGUCAACCUUCGGAUCAACUCAUUCUGGUCGGAACCGCAGAGACGGCGGAGUUGCACGUGGAGCCCUUCAUCGACCUGAACGUGACCGUCACCGGACGCGUGGAAGAACUUCCCGACGAGCUCACCACUCAGUGUCCCAACUCUGCCAAAUCGCCACUUGAUUCUCUUUUGGGAAGUUACAUGCAGGGUGAAGAUGCUACAGUUUAUAUCCGUUGCUGCGAAUUCCCGGAUCCGUCAACGCCGGGCUGGGCCAAGGAUCUCCUGCAAGACAUUACCGUUCCAAUACCGUUCGCUGGUCGGGAUAUGGGCAACCUCAUCAGGAACUUCUCCCUUUCAGAUGUGCAUUUCUUUCUUCCUGACACGACCGCCGAUCCGGAAACCCCAGAGUCCAAUCCGCAAAUCUCGGCUGUCAUCCUAGUCGACAUUGGCUUGCCAGAGGAGAUGAACUUCCCACUAGCCGUUAAGCAUAUCAAAGCUGAUGCUGAUGUGUAUUAUCACAAGAAGAAAUUUGGAAAACUUAACUUGAGGAAAUGGCAGAAGGCGAACUCGACGCGGAUUGAAGCGCACGGCCAUGAAGGACCGUCUCUCUUGGUGCAAGCUGAUAUCAAGAAAGCUCCACUUGAGAUUACUGAUGGCGCAGUGUUCUCGAAAAUCGUUCAAGAUAUGUUCCUAUGGGGGGAAACGGUGCUCCUCGAUGUCAAAGCUGCAGUUGGUGUCGAAGUGAACACUCCCAUGGGCCAAUUCGCGAUACGCGAUAUUCCUGCAGAAGGAGUAGUUCCGGUCAAACCUAUUGGGCAUGGCACUGGGGACGACGGCGGCUCCAUCUUCAGCAAACUUAACCUCAGAAUGGGGAAUCUCUCGAUUCUCAAUACCUCGCCUUCGUCCCUCACUCUCCAAGCGCAUGUCAACUUCACCAAUCCCACCAACUACUCCGCAACGGUGCCUUAUGUGAACAUCAACGUCCUGGUCAACAGCACUGUAAUGGGACAGGCCACGGCGGAUCAUAUUGUUGUACAUCCGGGAAACAACACCAAUCUUGUUGUGACUGCGAUAUGGGAUCCAUUUACCAAUAGCGGCCAGAGGGGAAAGGCGAUUGGUAGUGAACUCCUCUCCCAAUAUGUAUCAGGUUUCAACACAUCCUUCACUAUGCAAGCUCACGAGGGCACAAUACCCCAUCAACCGUCUCUCGGCCGCCUUCUUUCCAAGUUCCCCGUCACCAUUCCCGCACCCCGGCUCUCGGGCCCGAAGCAGCCAGGGGAUAACGAUCCAGACGAAAAAGACCAUUUCAUCCAGGAUGCCACCAUGCACAUUCUCUCGUCAACCGCCAUCUUCACUCUCGCAUCCCCAUUCCGAACCACGACUAUGUACGUCACACAUCUGAAUGCAACAGCGUACUAUGAAACGCAUCCCGCCGGAAAAAUCAUCUACGAUUUGCCCUUCGCCAUUCCACCCGGUAUAUCGACCUCGCCCCGACUACCAGUAGAUUGGAGCCUGGAUAGCCUGGGGUAUGAGGCUAUCAAGAAGGCCCUGGGCGGGUCGUUGAAGCUGAACGCGUUUGCCGAGGUGGGCGUCCGGAUAGGGAGUUGGAGAGAGCAGAUAUGGUACAAGGGUCAAGGAAUUGGUGCGAAGAUUCGGUUAUAGUGGCUGUUACAGUGCUUUCUGUUUGUUAAAUUCUGGGAUGUUUUAUGCUUUUAUGUAUAGAUACGAAGCGAGGCGUUGGUGGGGUCCGUGGAUUGGGGUUCUGUGCAGGCACAAUAUUUCUGUCACGUUUUGUGAUUUUUGUUUCCCUUGGAUAGGAUCGUUUUACCGGUCUUGUAUAGGAAUAGACAUGCACCUUUGAGCAUGGUUACCGUUUAAUUACGUCUCAGAGGGCUCUC